GGCGGCGCGGGCGCGAGUCGCGGCGCCGCCAACAUGGAGACGCUGUACCGCGUCCCGUUCCUGGUGCUCGAGUGCCCCAACCUGAAGCUGAAGAAGCCGCCCUGGGUGCACAUGCCGUCGGCGAUGACGGUGUACGCGCUGGUGGUGGUGUCCUACUUCCUCAUCACCGGAGGAAUCAUUUAUGACGUGAUUGUGGAACCUCCAAGUGUUGGCUCUAUGACUGACGAACAUGGACAUCAGAGACCAGUAGCUUUCUUGGCCUACAGAGUCAAUGGACAAUACAUUAUGGAAGGACUCGCGUCCAGCUUCCUAUUUACAAUGGGAGGUUUAGGUUUCAUAAUCCUGGACCGAUCCAAUGCACCAAAUAUUCCAAAACUCAAUAGAUUCCUUCUUCUCUUCAUUGGAUUCGUCUGUGUCCUGUUGAGUUUUUUCAUGGCGAGGGUAUUCAUGAGAAUGAAGCUACCAGGCUAUCUGAUGGGUUAGAGUGCCUUUUGAGAAGGAAUCAGUGGAAACUGGAUUUGCUCCUGUUAAUGAAAUUUUAAAGGCUGUACCAAUCCUCUGAUAUGAAAUGUGGAAAGGGACGAAAAGCAGCAGAUAAGAAGCAUCUAGUGAAACCACAGGAAGAACAGGAAGAACAUUAAAGCUUGGACUCGACGGUCUUCUUGGCGUCAAAGAGCAAAGCUCUUCACAGUAUUUCCCUGAUGACCCAGCCUGAUGUACCGGCAAGGUUGAGUGGCAUUUUCUCCUUAGCUCGUCCUUUCUUCAAGAAAAAAAAUACUCCGUUUCUACAACUAUGAUACUGAAUAAAGUGAUUAUUUUUUACAAACCUCCCUUAACACUUUUUUGGAGAUGACAUUUCUGAUUUUCGGAAACGAAGGUCAAAUCAGGAAGUGAGAGCCCCUCGGCCGAGACCCUGGACCCGCUCAGCUUCGUCUCUGGUGCUUUGCCUUUACACCUGUGUGACAGCACGUUACUUUAGACUUGUGUGUGAGACAGCGUUUCCUGAACAUGAUCUAUGAAAGGAGCAGAAAUAAAUGAUUUUUCUAAUUAGCACCUCCUGUAUUUGUUUUUUAAUUGCC